ACAUCUAUCCCGAUUCCCGAGUCUCGACCGUUGGGGCGUCUGUUUUCAUUAUCCACAUCUAUCUCCAAAUUAUCGAAGAAAACCCCAUUACCCACAAACAACUCCAAAUUAAGAACAUACCCAAAUUUCCCAGAAGAAAAAAAAAAAUCAAACAAUUCAAUUCAAUGGGUUCAAUACCGAACCCAGUUUCUCUAAUUUAUCAAACAACAUUACACAAAACUUCUACAAAACCAUUUUCGAUGAGCAUCAAAGCCAUGGCUAAAGAGCUCUAUUUUAACCAUGAUGGUUCAGUCACUAAGAAACUUCAGGCAGGGGUGGAUUUGGUGGGAGAUUUGUUAGGAGUGACAUUGGGUCCAAAAGGAAGAAAUGUGGUUUUGCCAAAUAAGUAUGGACCUCCAAAGAUUGUCAAUGAUGGUGAGACUGUUCUUAAAGAGAUUGAGUUGGAGGAUCCUCUAGAGAAUGUUGGAGUGAAGUUAGUGAGACAAGCCGGUGCUAAAACUAAUGAUCUUGCUGGUGAUGGUUCCACGACAUCGAUAGUUCUAGCCCGUGGUCUCAUUGAUGAGGGUGUGAAGGUCAUUGUAGCAGGCAGGAAUCCUAUCCAAAUCUCACGUGGGAUCGAGAAGACUGCAAAGGCCCUUGUUUCUCAGCUAAAAUUAAUGUCUAGAAAGAUAGAAGAUCAUGAAAUUGCAGAUGUGGCUGCUGUUAGUGCAGGAAAUGAUUAUGAUGUAGGGAAUAUGAUUGCUGAAGCUCUUGAAAAAGUAGGGAGGAAAGGAGUUGUAAGAGUUGAGAGAGGAGCAUACACAGAAAACAGACUGCAGAUUGUAGAAGGAAUGCAGUUUGAUCGCGGAUACUUGUCUCCUUAUUUUGUCACAGAUAGGCGAAAAAUGACAGUAGAGUACGACAAUUGCAAGGUUCUUCUGGUGGACAAAAAGAUCACUCAUCCGAAGGAGGUGUUCAAAAUGUUAGAAAAUGCGGUUAAGGGAGACUUUCCAAUUUUGAUUAUUGCAGAGGGCAUAGAAAAGGAAGCUCUGGCUCCAAUAAUUAGGAAUAAACUGAAGGGUUCUCUGAAAGCUGUUGCAAUCAAAGCUCCUGCCUUUGGAGAACGUAAAAGUCAUUGCAUGGAUGACAUUGCUAUUUUAACGAGAGGAACUGUCAUCAGAGAUGAUGUAGGCCUCAAUCUAGAAAAAGUUGGAAUUGAUGUAUUAGGAAGUGCUACUAAAGUGGUCAUAACAGACACAACUACUCUAAUUGUUACUGAUGGAAGCACACGGAAAGAUGUUGAGAAGCGAGUUUCUGAACUCAAAGCAUAUGCAGAGAACGUCGAAGAAAGUUUUCAACAGAACAUUCUGUAUGAGAGAAUGGCAAGAUUAUCUGGCGGAAUUGCUAUCAUAGAGGUGGGAGCUCAUACACAGAUUGAGCUGAAGGAUAAACAUCUAAGGAUUGAAGAUUCUUUGAAUGCAGCCAAGGCUGCUAUUGAAGAAGGUGUGGUAGUUGGUGGUGGAUGUACCCUUUUACGUCUGUCGUUGAAGAUUGAUGAAAUCAAAGAGCAGCUAGAUAAUGAGGAGCAACAGAUUGGAGCAGAGAUCUUCAGACGGGCUUUGGCCUACCCAAUAAGAAAGAUAGCGGAAAAUGCAGGUGUUAGUGGCAGUGUGGUUGUACAAAAGGUGCUUGCAAAUGAUAACUUGAGAUACGGUUACAAUGCUGCAAGUAACUGUUAUCAGGAUCUAAUGGAAGCUGGGAUUAUAGAUCCUACAAAGGUAGUCAGAUGCUGCUUGGAGCAUGCAGCAUCUGUGGCAAAGACAUUUCUUACAUCUGAUGCUGUAGCUGUUGACAUUGAGGAAAAACGCCCAUUUCCUAGGAGACCUCCAAUGCCACCACCAAUGCCCAUGUCAGGUGUUGGACCUCUUGGGAUGUAAUCGAUUCAUACAACACAGGAUGUGUCACAACCAAACUUGGCUCUUUUCCGAGUUGGAGAUGACCUCAAACUAUGAAACAAAUUGAAGUUCUUCCACAAUUUCACUUUCAGAGAGUUAUAUAUGCUGCUUUUCACCUCAGAUGAUGAUCUUCUGCAAUGCCUGCGGGCUAUCAGAGCUUUUCUAGAAGAACUCGGAUUAAGGACCGUAACCAACAUAUCAUUCAUUCCAAAAUCCAAAUAUUGAUCUUUGUACAUAUUUUAUAGCAUAUAUUUUGAUAUAUAUGUAAUCAGUAGCACUGUGUAGUCUGCAAAGCUUACUGUGUAGUGAUGACAAAAUAAUUUAUUUACAAGUGGUGUACAAUAAAUAUUAUGCACUGGAAUAAAAGUUAACUCAAAAUGCUUUAAAGUUAUCAUGGUGUAGAAUAAAUUUAUUAUA